GCCGGGAGCUGACCUCACAACAGCUUGCACUCCAAGCCAACCAAACCAAUCCUCCGCCAUCACCUCCACCGCCGCCUCUUCUCCUCCCUCCCUCCUGCAUCCUCCCACACUCCCUCACUUCUCCUCGCAUAACCUCCAUCAUGGCGGCAGACAUUGGCCACAUCUCCCAGUUGCUUGACGCAACCCUCGAUCCCUCCCAACACCGCAAAGCCGAGUCCGCACUCAAGCUCGAGGCAGCCAAGCCCCAAUACUCGCUCGGUCUGCUCAACAUUGUUAGCUCAGGCGCUCUUCCUGCCAAGACUCGCCUGGCCGCUGCUCUGGCCUUCAAGAACUUCAUCCGAACAAACUAUGUGGAUGAGGAGGGAAACUACAAGUUACCUCAAGAUGAGGUCAUGACUAUCAAAGAGCGCCUCAUCGGCCUCAUGAUCGAAUCCCCCUCUAACAUCCAGGCUCAGCUUGGCGACGCUAUUAGCGUGAUUGCCGACUCUGAUUUUUGGAGGCGGUGGGAUACCCUCACUCAGGAACUCGUCGGCCGCUUUUCCGCUACCGACCCCAAGGUCAAUGUCGGCGUUCUCGAAGUCGCACACUCCAUCUUUGCGCGAUGGCGACCGUUGUUCCGCACCGACGAGCUCUACAUGGAGAUCAACCAUGUCAUUGAGACCUUUGGCCAGCCCUUUAUUCAGCUGUUGGUGACAACCGACAAGAAGAUUUCCGAGAACUCGGACAAGAAGGAGACUCUCCAGGGUUGGUUUGAAACCCUGGACCUCCAGAUCAAGAUUCUGAACGACAUGUCCUGCCACGACUUGCCACCCAUCUUUGAGGAGAAUCUGGCCAGCAUCUCCGAGCUUCUCCACAAGUACCUCACAUACUCCAACCCGCUGUUGGAGACCGACGAUGAGACCGAGACGAGCAUAGUAGACACUGUCAAGGCUGACAUCUGCGAGAUACUGGAGCUCUACACCGUCAAGUACGAUGAAGACUUUUCCAAGUACUGCCAACCCUUCAUCGAGAAGGCCUGGAAUCUGUUGUCCUCCACAGGCACCGAAACCAAGUACGAUAUCAUCGUCAGCAAGGCCUUGCACUUCCUGACGGCCGUCGCCUCAACAAAGGAGCACUCCGGGAUAUUUAACAGCGAGGAGGUGCUCACACAGAUCGUGGAGAAGGUCAUCCUGCCAAACGUGGGACUCCGCGAGUCCGAUAUGGAGCUGUUCGAGGACGAGCCCAUCGAGUUUAUCCGACGAGAUCUGGAGGGCUCCGACACAGACUCCAGACGCCGAUCUGCCACCGACUUCCUCCGAAAGCUCCAGGAGAAGUUUGAGGCUCCAGUCACGACCGUCGUCUCCAAGUACAUCAACCACUAUCUUUCUCAGGACAAAUCGGAUUGGAAGGCCAAGGACACCGCCAUCUACCUCUUCCUGUCCGUUGCGGCCAAGGGUGCCGUCACCGCCGCACAAGGUGUAAAGACGGUCAACCCCUUGGUCAAUGUCGUCCAGUUCUUCGAGCAACACAUUGCCCAGGAUCUGAUCAACAGCGAGGGUGUGGAACCUAUCUCGAAGGUCGACGCCAUCAAGUAUCUCUACACCUUCCGCAGUCAGCUGUCCAAGGAACAGUGGAAGUUGGCAUUGGGUCCUUUGAUCCAGAAUCUCAACUCGGACAGCUACGUUGUGUACACAUACGCAGCCAUUGCUGUGGAGCGAGUCUUGUUCCUUACUGACGACGCUGGCGUUCCCAUGUUCCCUCGAGCAGACGUUGAGCCCUUCUCUAAGGAUUUACUUGGUCACUUGUUCAAGCUUAUUGAGAAGGAGGCGAGCCCCGCCAAACUUCAAGAGAAUGAGUUCUUGAUGCGCUGCGUCAUGAGAAUCCUCAUCGUCAUCAAGGAUGGUGCUUCGACCAUGGUCGAAAAUGUCCUUACCCAUCUCAUCCUAAUUACGAACGUCAUGAAACAGAACCCGAGCAACCCCCGAUUCUACUACUACCAUUUCGAGGCUAUCGGCGCUCUUGUUCGGUACUGCGCCCCAAGUAACGCUGCUCUCUUCAACGAGAAGCUAUGGGAGCCCUUCCACCAGAUCCUGGUCGAGGAUGUCACAGAGUUCAUGCAAUAUGUCUUCCAGAUCCUUGCCCAAUUGCUCGAGUCCAGCCCGGCUGAGACAAUUUCGGAUAACUACAAGGCGCUGUUGGGUCCCUUGCUGAACCCACCCCUUUGGGAGACGCGAGGCAAUGUCCCUGCUUGCACCCGCCUCCUGUCGGCCGUUGUUCCUCGAGCCUCCCAGGCUAUUAUCGCAGAGAACCAGCUUGAGGCUGUGCUCGGCAUCUUCCAAAAGCUUCUCAGUGGGAAGAAGUCUGAACUUCAUGCCUUUGAUCUCUUGGACUCCAUCGUCAAAUCUUUCGAGCCCUCGGUUUUGGAACCUUACUUCGGCACCAUCCUUCGCCUCCUCUACACGAAACUGCAAGGCACUCCAGCUGAUUCGUUCAAGCUGCGCUUCGUCAGAUUCUACCACCUUGUCUCCGCUAGAUCGGAGGCUGGGUUCGGUGCUGACUACUUCAUCACCCAGUCGGACCAGGUCGAGGCGGGCGUCUUCACGAAGGUGUAUCCUGUUUUCGUGCUAGCUGAGACGGAGAAGCUAGCUCGCCCUGUGGACCGUAAGGUCGCGGUUGUGUCCCUGACUAAGACUCUCUGCGACUCGCAAGCCUUCGGGCAGAAGUUCAUGAAGGGUUGGGCUAACAGCUGCCGCAUCUUGCUCUCUCUUCUGGCUAACCCGCCCACCGUGACUUCCGGUUCUGGUGACGAGAUUGUUGCUGAGGCAGAUGUCGAUGACAUUGGCUUCGGCAUGUCUUUUACCGCGCUCAACACUUGCAAGGCUCUUGUUCGAGACGACUUCCCUGAGGUUCUAGAUGUUACUACGUGGGUCAAGGAGUUCAUGGUUGCUGCCAACCAGCGACACGGUGGCGCCAUCGAGGGCUUCAUCGGCCAGCGUUUGAGCCCCGAGGAACAGGAGGCCAUCGCGAAGUACAUCCGAUGAGCUCCCCAACACCUCCGAGCAGAGAGAUGACGAGCACCCGGCCCAGUAGGAGGUCGAGGCGGGAUUUGAUAAGGAUACCAGGAGUCAGGGAGGAUAACUAUGUAUGUAUGUAUUGAUGGGCGGGCGGGUGUAUGGGCAUCUUGAAUUAGAAGAUGAAUGAAGAAAAAAGGACCAGGGCAUCUGGAGCAAGAUGCAUAGAUGACUGGAGAAAGAAAACGGAUAAGAAUCUUGCCCGUCGAAAAUAUACCACAAUUUUACACUCAUCAUCAAGACUCGUCACGCUGUGUGCACGCCUGGGUCAACCCAACAUGAUUGAUAUUUCUGCCCUAAGUCUCCAUCGUCGUGGUAUGCGACGUCGG